UCACACACUUUCAUUCAAAUGGACGUCCCUUGAGUGAUUUUUUCUACAUGUCGUCUGUUGCACAGCAGCAGAGCGAAUGCACACAGAAAGCUGCCCUACAGGCUCCUCUUGAUUCCUGCGGUGACUCUGUCAGUGUUGCUCAACCUGCUGGGUGUUUGAAGGGAAUAGGUGUUUGCAGGGGGUAAAAUGGCUAAAAGAAGCUGACGGUGGGAACGUGUAAGUACGUUCCAGGAAGAGAAGCAGCUUUUAUGAGGACAACCUGCAGGGCAGAGGGAUAGUGGGGGCUGGACAUGUCUGUUGUUAAUUGUCCUUCCGAUAAAAAGAGCCGUUUCCUAAGGGCUGAGGGGAUGGAUAAGGAUGGCGGGAAGCCAAAGACCUUCGUGUCUACUUUUUGUUUGGCCCUCCAGCCUCAAGCCAGAAGUAUCGGUGUGGUGAAGCAAAAAGAGGAUGCAACUAAGAGGACUUGGAUGGGAAACAACAAACUGGGAGUCUCAUCAGCAACAGACUCCAGAUUGACACCUGUCCAGGCGCUUGAGACGCCUCACUUCAAACAACCACUCAGGGACUGUGCAGUCUGUGAAGGAAGCAAUGGUUAUUUUCAAGGUGUUAUCACAGGAAGUCGACCUCUGAGCGUAUCCUGGCUACACAAUGGUAAGAGGGUGCACUCAAGUAAUACUUCCUUCCAAAAUGGUGUUGCCAGUCUGAUUCUGACUCAGUGUUCACAUGGAGAUGCUGGGACGUACGCAUGUGUAGCUGAGAACACUGCUGGGAAACGGUCGAGCAGCGCUGUGUUACAUAUCACAGCAACAAAGGAAAUCCUUAGAAGAAGCAACCAUGAGCUCCACACUGAAGUCCCAUUGAAGGUUGCGUCACCCAAAAACACUCAAAUAUCUUCAACUUCUAAAGAGAGAUGCCAGCACACAGAGGAAGAAAACGUCUCCACAGCUAACAGUGACAGCAACAUUCAGACAAAGGUCUCCUCUGGCAAAGGACCUCCUGUAGAGUUUGUAGAUCCACCAGAGCAGGUGGAGGUUCGAGUAGGAAAGCAGGCCCGACUCCACUGUGAGUUCAGGAGCAGCUCUGUGCCCGUGGCCUGCUGCUGGAUUUACAAUAAAACCAAAGUGGUGGUAGGAGGUCCGAGGAUGUCCGUCCGGAGCAGUGAGACACAAAGCGACGUGGAGAUCUCUCAAGCCUGUCCAGAGGACACGGGCUCGUACACCGUCAUGGUACGAAACGCAAAGGGCUCUGCCCAGCAUACCGUCUCCCUUGGUGUCAUAGACCAACCCGACCCACCAGCAUCCCAACCUGUUAUUUCCCAGCUGUCCACUGAGUCCGUGGUCCUCUCCUGGACGGGUCCCAGCUUCGACGGAGGCACAGCCGUGCUGGGCUACAAAGUGGAGGUCCGACAAGAGGGCCAGGACAAAAACGAGAGCUGGACUGAAGUCACAAGUCGUUGUAAAAACACAACCUACCACAUCCGCUCGGGCCUGGCGCCUCUGGGCCGGUACUGCUUCCGUGUCAGAGCCUACAACUCAGCAGGGGUCAGCGAACCGAGCCAGGAGUCCGAGUGCGUCGAGAUGGUGACUAAAAAAGAAGAAAAGAAGGGAGAGUCCGAGUCCUACAUCACAGUGACCAUUGAUACCAAACACAAGGCCAAGGACCACUACAAUGUGCACGAGAAGCUGGGAGUGGGGAAGUUUGGCCAGGUGUUCCGGAUGUCCCACAAAGACACGGGUCAAGAGGCUGCAGGGAAGUUCUACCGAGCCCGAACCGCCAAGGACAGAACGGCCGCUCGCAAAGAGAUCGAACUAAUGAACAGUCUUCACCACCCAAAGCUGGUCCAAUGCCUGGCUGCCUACGAAACAAGCUCCGAGAUGGUCAUGGUCAUGGAGUACAUUGCGGGCGGGGAGCUCUUUGAACGCAUCGUGGAUGACAACUUUGAGCACACGGAGCCCACCAGCGCCCGCUACAUGCAGCAGAUCCUGGAGGGCAUGCAGUACGUUCACACGCAGAAUAUUGUCCACCUGGACAUCAAACCGGAGAACAUCGUCUGUGUGAAUACAACUGGCACACGGAUCAAGAUCAUCGACUUUGGCUUGGCUGCUGAACUGGAGGAGGGCCAACCUCUGCUGGUGAUGCACGGCACGCCAGAGUUUGUGGCCCCUGAGGUGAUCAGCUAUGAGCCCGUGGGCCUGGAGAGUGACAUGUGGAGCAUCGGAGUCAUCUGCUUCAUUUUGCUCAGUGGAGAAUCCCCCUUCCAGGGGAACACCGCUGCUGAGACUUUAGCUCUUGUGACUGCUGCCCAAUUUGAGUUCGAUCAGGAGAGCUUUGAGGACAUCUCUGAUGAGGCGAAAGACUUUAUCAGCUCCCUCCUGAAAAAAGACCGGAGAUGCAGGUUGUCAUGUGCCGAGGCCCUCGCCCACCCCUGGAUGGCCUCUUUUGCCGUAAUGAACCGCAGACCCACCAAGUCCCUCAAUAAAGGGAAGAUGAAGCGCUUUCUGGCCAGGCGCAAGUGGAAGAAAACUGGUAAGGCUGUUUUGGCCCUCCAGCGGAUGGCUAAUCUCUCUUACAGGCCAGACUCUCCUGGCAGCUCCUUAGAGGAGCCAGGCUGGAGCCAAGAGGCAGAGGAGGCCUUCCAGUCUCUGGAUAAGCAGCUUCAGAGUGAACCUCGUUUCCAGCAGGCCCUGAAGGACGCCACCCUCCCCAAAGGAGCAACUCUUCGUCUUACGUGCCUCGUCAACGGUUACCCGCAGCCGGAGGUGAAGUGGCUUCAGAAUGAGAAGCCGGUGUCUGGAUCACGCAGAGUGACAACGGAGCAACAUGAAGACGGGCUCUGCUCUCUGGUUGUGGCUGAUCUGGAGCUGUCUGACUCUGGGGUGUAUGUGUGCAGGGCCAGCAACAAGCUAGGGGAAGGAAUGUGCUCUGCCAAACUGAAAGUGGAGCUGUGAUUGUGGGGGGAAAAA